AUGGCUCUGCUCUGCUUCCUGCUGGACCUGCGCAACAUCCCUCCUCCCCUGCUCCACCGCCUCAAGCAGUGCCUUCUCCACCUCGCCAACCUCUACGCCGCCGCAACGCCACCGCCCCAACCCCACGCCUCGUCCUCCGCGGACGCCGGUGGGCUCCCCGACCGCCUGGCUCUCAGCUACGUCCACGCCCCCUCCUCCAGAUCAUCCUCCUCGUCCUCCUCCUCUUGGCCUGAGCUAAAGAUUGGGUAUAGGCCUGGUGAAAAGUUCAGCCUUCGAGAUUUCCACCAUGCUGUAAAUAACAUACCUCUGGAUGGCUUUCUGCAUGACCAACAUGGUGGGCCUCCGCCUACUGGAGAUGUAUCACUGACGGACCUUUUUAGCAAUAGAGCCAUCUAUUCUUGGGCUACUGAUGACAUUUCCAAGAAAGUGAUUGCUAUAUGUAUAUCUGCACAAGACACAGAAGCUCUCCGAAGAUCUCUUAUGAAUGCUGCAGAACAGUGUGUUGCAGUGGAGUUUAUAAUGUUGGAAUUAGAAGCUGCAUUCAUGUAUGGUGAUGUUCCCGAAAAUGCCAAUUCUUUUGUAAACAGAAUUUGCGAUCUUGAGAACUGUGUGGUACGGAGAUACAAUCCUGAGACCCAAGUUUUGCAUGGCCUAGUGAAGAGGUGGUUAGAGGAGCUAAAGGAUGACAUGGAGGAGACACCGCAAGCUGUAUUUCUGUUCAGAUAUCCCAUUAUCAACUCUGUUAAACACAUAUAUUGCAAUUUUUAUGCAUCAGCUAAUCAGAUAACUGAUGGUUUUCCAUCUUGUCAGGCAUGCAGGUGCCAUGGUCGCCCUAUUGACCUUGUCACCCCAAAUAAAAUAAAAUGGACGUGUCCAAUAACUAGUCGACAGCUUGCAGCUUCUGAUGUUACUGAUACUGCUGUGAGGAUUGGAGAACAAACGGUAUUGUUUCUGCCUACUUCAGAAGGUGGAUCAAACUUACAGCGAGUCUCUGCUUCCAUUUCUUUUGAUGUAAUUGAGCGCACUGAGUUAGCCUCAAUGAAUGAAGGAGUCAUAAUGGGGAGGUCUUUUGUUGUGAUUCCCUGUUCAAAUGAUGUUGAAGUUGCUCUAACUGAUGAGAGUUCAGACCAGAACACCCAGAUUUUCUAUGGCCUAUGUGAAACUCUUUUCAGGUUUGACCAGGGACUUGUUUGCUCCUCAUCAUGCAAUAUUGAAACAAUGAAAAUUGGAACUCUUCAGUGUUACUAUCUUCUUCAACCAUCUGAGAAGGGACCAAUGCUUCUGAGGAGGCUUGCUGGAUCUGAAGAGAUAUUGCCUCUCCCAGACGUGAGUCGAGAUCGCAACUCCAAGGUUACCAUGGAAAUCAAGAAGUCAGUUGAAACCUCCUUGUCUAAGAUUGCACUCAAGGAUUACAACCCUCUGCAACAUGAAAGAGGUUUUCAUUCGAAACUGAAUCUUCUGGUGAAGGACAGCCUGCAAUUCGGAUCCAUUGAUCCAGACUCUGCCCCGAAGGACCCUUACCUCGUUGAUUCGUUCAGCGAGCCACAGAUACCAACAUGCCAGGGCCUCGAAGGAAGCAGGUUCCUGAACCAACCUGAGGAAAACGCUGAAGGUCUCAACGAUCAUCUCCACUCAUUCAGCGAACCACAAACAUCAACAUUCAGAACUCCCAAGGAGAACAAGCUAUCGAACCAGUCAAAGAAGGGGAAGGCCUCCCCAAGCAUCAGUGAGGAGUGGGAGAAAUUCAUCAUCAUCGAUGAUCUCGACGACGACCUUGCCACCCCUGCCGCUCCCAGGCCUACUGCCAACAAGCCUCCCCGCGCCAAGCCGCCAUCCCCGGUGAAGCCGCUGGAUGAGAAGACUUCAAGGAUUCUGGAGAGGCUGGAGCCUCCCAGGGCGAAGAAGCAGAGGCCGGCUAAUGCUGGCAAGGCCAGCACCAAAGCGGCACCGGCACCCGGCCGUGUUGCCGGUACACAGAACAGGAAGCCGCUGCUGCCAGUGGAGCCGAGCGCAAGCCAGCCGCUGAAACCAACCUUCAACAGGCUUAGGAGAAAGCUCAAUACCUGACCUAGGCACAUGCUCAUGCUUAGCUAGCUAAUUGUGCAAAUCAAGCACACACUUUUGCACCAGGAAUUGUGAAUGCAUCGCGAGACGAUACGUGCACAUGCAGCCCAAGAGUGUCGAUGCCGAUGCAUUUGUGUUGUCAGAUGUAAAUAUUGGAAACAAAAUCGCUGCUGGGCUUAGACAUGAAGUAUUGCAAACUACUGCAAUUAGCUUUUUUA